UUAUGUUUUUGAUGUUUAGAUGGGGGGGGGUUCAAUUACUUAAUUAAUAGUAUAUUUCUGGGCGACUGGAACCAAUGCAUUGGUUUUUAAUUAUUUUCAAUGGGGAAAAUGCAUUUGCAUUUUGUAUGACUUCUUUCUGCUUUUCAUUCUUCCAAUAUAAAUCUCUUGCAGCACAGACGGUCCUGUGGGACAAUCACUGUGGAAAAAACAGGACUUUUGGUCAUUGGGUAGAAGACCUGCCAUCCCCUUAAGCCUUGUUCACAGAGUAUAAAAGUGGCGCUCAGCUUCAGGUUGGACACAGCAGUAGAAGGAGGAACAGGCAUGUCUCCGAAAUGUGGACCAACAACACCUUGAACCCUCCAUACUUUCAGUUUACUAUGUUUGCAGACUUUGGGACUUCACUCAGAUCCAUCUGCUUCUGUCUCUGUCUGCUUAUCUAUUUGAUUAUCAUUGUUGCUAAUUCUGCUAUUGCCAUGAUUGUGAUUUCCCAGAAGUCUCUGCAUCGACCCAUGUACAUCUUUCUCUGCUGUCUCUCGCUGAACUCUCUUUAUGGCUCAGCCGCCUUCUUUCCCCGUUUCCUCAAUGAUGUCCUGUCUGACGCUCACCUUAUCUCACGUGCUUCUUGUUUCGCUCAGAUGUACGUUAUUCACAGCUGCAAAGGACAGGAAAUUAACAUCCUUACUAUCAUGGCUUAUGAUCGAUAUGUGGCUGUUUUCCAACCGCUCCGAUAUAACAGUAAAAUGUCUCUGUCGGUUGUCAGAUACCUCCUUCUUGCAGCUGUUCUCCACCCGGUCUUUGUCUUCGGUUUUAUUUUCUACCUCACAGCAAAGUUGCCACUGUGUGAAAACAAACUGAAAAAGAUGUACUGUACCAUCUGGAGUGUCGUGGAACUCUCCUGCGUGGACACCAGAACCCUGGAAAACAUCAGCCAGUUGCUUGUGGCCCUAUUCAUUUUCCUUCCUCUGGGUUUUGUUCUGUACACUUACCUGCGUAUCCUGCUGGUGUGUCGCAGCCGCUCGUCUGACUUCAAGAAGAAAACACUGCAAACCUGCAUCCCGCACAUCGUCACUUUUGUUAAUUAUUGCACCGCGGUCUUCUGUGAGGUUACGUUGAGUCUAUUUACCAUUGAAAAAGCAAACAUGUUUGUGGUAGCAGUUCUAUCGCUUGAGUUUCUCCUCAUCCCACCGGUCAGCAACCCCCUGGUCUAUGGCCUGAAUCUGCCACAAAUCAGAGCUGUGAUUGUUAGACGGGUCAAGCUCUUCAAAAUUUGUUUCAAACCGAACCGGACUCAAAUAGAUUCCACAAUGACAUCAUCAUUUUAAAACAUUGAAGCAACUAUUGUGUGUUUUGCUAUUGAAAUGCUGGUAAAAUUGUGGCAAUAAUUUAUAUGUUUUUACUAUUUCGGACGAACUGAAUAUUUGUGGCAUUUGUGACUUAAAAUUAUUUUUUGUAAGACUUUGAUUUUUGUAUUAAUAAUAUUGUUGAGAGUUUUAGGUAAAACAAGGAUUUUUUUUUAGAAGAUGGCUUCUGUGAAGAUAGCUUUUCUUUAUCUCUUGUUAUAAUUUUUUUAUUUAAUUUUGUUUAAAUAUGAACUGUUAAAUUUGACUUUUACUUAAGUAUUUCAGUAACCAUUACAUUUAUGAUUUUUCUUUUUGUAUUAUACUUGUAGCUAACGGUUAAAUUGCCAACCGAAUUUAUGAUUGGA